GGUCGGCGAGCGGCGGCUGGUAGCGGCUGUGGCGACUGUGGCAGCGGCCCCGGAGGGACGAUGAGUGGCGCGGGGCGGGCGGGCCCGGCCCGGCUCGCCACGCUCGCCCUGUUGACCUGCAGCCUGUGGCCGGCGCGAGCCGACAACGCGAGUCAGGAGUACUACACGGCGCUCAUCAACGUGACGGUGCAGGAGCCCGGCCGCGGCGCCCCACUCACGUUCCGCAUCGACCGCGGGCGCUACGGGCUCGACUCGCCCAAGGCCGAGGUCCGCGGCCAGGUGCUGGCGCCGCUGCCCAUCCACGGAGUUGCCGAUCAUCUGGGCUGUGAUCCUCAAACACGGUUCCUUGUUCCUCCUAAUAUCAAACAGUGGAUUGCUUUGCUGCAGAGAGGAAACUGCACAUUUAAAGAGAAAAUAUCACGGGCUGCUUUCCACAAUGCAGUUGCUGUAGUCAUCUAUAAUAAUAAAUCCAAAGAGGAGCCAGUCACCAUGACUCAUCCAGGUACUGGAGAUAUAAUUGCUGUCAUGAUAACAGAAUUGAGGGGUAAGGACAUUUUGAGUUAUCUGGAGAAAAACAUCUCUGUACAAAUGACAAUAGCUGUUGGAACUCGGAUGCCGCCAAAGAACUUCAGCCGUGGCUCUCUAGUCUUCGUGUCAAUAUCCUUUAUUGUUUUGAUGAUUAUUUCUUCAGCGUGGCUCAUAUUCUACUUCAUUCAGAAGAUCAGGUACACAAAUGCACGCGACAGGAACCAGCGUCGUCUUGGAGAUGCUGCCAAGAAAGCCAUCAGUAAAUUGACAACCAGAACAGUGAAAAAGGGUGAUAAGGAAACAGACCCAGACUUUGAUCAUUGUGCAGUCUGCAUAGAGAGCUAUAAGCAGAAUGAUGUUGUUCGGAUCCUCCCUUGCAAGCACGUUUUCCACAAAUCAUGUGUGGAUCCCUGGCUUAGUGAACACUGUACCUGUCCUAUGUGCAAACUUAAUAUUUUGAAGGCUCUGGGAAUUGUGCCAAAUCUGCCAUGUACUGAUAACGUAGCAUUUGAUAUGGAAAGGCUCACCAGAACCCAAGCAGUUAACCGGAGAUCAGCCUUAGGUGACCUCACCAGUGACAACUCCCUUGGCCUUGAGCCACUUCGAACUUCGGGGAUAUCACCACUUCCUCAGGAUGGGGAGCUGACUCCUAGGACAGGAGAAAUCAACAUUGCAGUAACAAGUGGUCACUUCUUUCACCGAAACUCCUUGUCACCUCGGAGCCUGGUGUAUGAAAGUGAGUUCUCCACAAUCGAGCCUUCUUUGGACAUGUAUGAUGAGAACAAAACCUGAUUUCUUCUUUUUUAAAGAAAAGAUGGGCUGUUGGGGGUCACUUCUUUUGUGAUUUGAUUUUGUGAUCACCUUCCUUAUUUUGUAUUCUUCUGUCAACGUCUGUUUGGGGAAGAAUGGCAGCACUUCCGAGCACAGUUUGGGGUUCAGGGUUCAAUUACAAAGUUCCCCCAAGGUAAGGCUUUUGAGGACAGCGUGAUUGCCCAGUUGAGCCUCGUGGUACCAGACAGCUGCCCAAAGCCGGACACUGAACAUGGGCACCCAACUUGCCUGGUGGUUUCAGAGAAGAGGCGGGGCCGGGGGGAGGUCAAGUUUGGGAACGGGUCCCCGAAUGAUCGCCUGCUGUUCUGUGUCAGGGUGACACUGGGCUUUUAAACUACUUUUUGUGAUCCUCACUUACAACGUGUACUGAGGCCUGUAGGUAAAGCUUCCUCCGCUUGCAGAGGCGAGUCUCUGCACCUUGACCUGCUCUGCUUUGUCUCCUGUGAAACUUUCGGAUAAAGGGUCUCUUUCCACAGGGAGUUGAGAGAAAGCCUUGCCUCCCUGUACCUCUGACACUCAGGCGGCCUUUAUUUCUGGCCAGAGUUCAGCUGGGCACAUGCAGGCCAGGAAGCCAGGGCCAGUGCAUGGGGUGGGACAGUCCUUCCCUUUGGCGUCUCCCAGC